UCACGUGUCCUGCCUCGCUUCCGGGAUGCAGCGGCGGUGGCGGCCUUUCACUUCCGGUUGUUGCAGCCUCCCGCUUCCUCCUGGCAGCAGCAGCAUCCUCCGCAGCCUGCGGCCCCCGGGUGGUGGUGGUGGGUGAUGGCAGGGAAGCCGAUAUCCUGUUUAUCCGUGGGUGGCGGGACGCCGCAGCCGCGGCCGAUCAGCGCCCGUUCGUGACACGGGUCGGGCAUGCGGCCACCAUGGAAGCGGACCGAGCAACAGCGUCAGCAGCCAAGAAAAUGCGCGUGGCCGGACUGGUGCUCGCACGAGGCGGCAGCGAGGCGGUGAAAAAGAAGAACGCCCGGCUGCUGUGCGGUCUGCCUUUGUUGUCCUGGGUGCUGCGACCGAUGAAGCACUGCAAGACGCUCGACGAAAUAUGGGUGUCGACGGACGAGCAGGAAAUCGAGGACAUCGCGACGACGGAGUCGUGUGGAGUCGUGCGACGUUCCGAUGAGUUUGCCCAAGCCGACUCCCCGUCGGUGCUUGCUGUACAAGAGUUCAUGCGCGAAGUUCCAGGUUUUGAUGUGGUUGCCUUAGUCCAAUGUACCUCCCCCUGUCUAAUGCCAUCAUACCUAGAUGAAGCGGUCAACCUUGUGACUUCGGACAGAUACGACUCUGUUUUCUCAGUCACUCGAGACUAUAAGUGGCGUUGGACAGAACUUUCACAAGACGGUACGACAAGACCCCUGAACUUUGACCCGGCGCAGCGACUCUGUCGUCAGGAGUGGGUAGGCGAGAUCGUCGAAACUGGUCACUUCUAUGUUACGCGAGCAGAGUAUAUCCAAGAUGGCCUUCUUCAAGGAGGAAGGUGCGGCUUUGUGGAGUUGCCGCAGUACCUGUGCCACGAGGUCGACACGGAGGACGACUUGCUAAUCGCCGAACAGAAGCUGCAGAAGUAUGGCUUUAAGGGCGAGAUCGUCCUCGACGCCCCCUCGGAGUUCCAGUAGUGUCACCCCACUCAGUACCUCCUCUUAGUCAUCGUCGUCGCAAGCUUUCCCACUCCCAACCCCAAGCAAACGCGUGUAUUAGCCGCCCCAAAUGUCUGGCUACCAUGCGGGUUGUAGUGGAUUUGCCACGCGAAGGGACAAAGCUUGACUUUCGUUUGGAGUACGUCACUGGCUUUGUACGCCAGAGCGAUUAUGCCUCUGUAGGUGCCAUGUACAGCAGAUGUUAAAGGGGCCCUGGAAUCCUCUUGCUCCUGCUUUCUUGCACUUUAAGUUCACUAUACUCUCACGUCACUUCUGUCCUUUGAGGAUGCUGUCUGUUAUGACAAGAAAGGUCAAAUCCACCAUUGGUCGGUUUUUCGAUCAAUCAAAGGUGCAUGUUUCGCAAGAGCAUUUGCGAAAGAAUGGUGUCAGACUUGCCCUGCGUUAUUCGGUGCAUCAGCUGGGUGAUGACAGAUUUUGUGUCUCAUUUGCUCAAAGAACCAGCUUAUAUAUGAGUGCUGGUGGCUCCAUCCCUUGAUGGCAACACAUACUGUAACACGUAGACACACCUGGUGACCAUGUUCAACGUCACAACACGAGAGGCGAAGCUUUGCAGAUGAGGUGUCGUCAGUGGGAUGUGUUCCAGGUCCUCUUUAAUGGUGCAGCUGUUAAUGUUCCAGGUGAAAAGUGACGGUUGUGGAACAUAACGAGUAAUCUGAUGGGAGAAACCGUCAGUUUAAUAAGUAACAAAGCAAAAAAAAAAUUUCGCAUUACUUUUUCUUUAUGCCAUGUCUUCGUGCCAUUAUGAUUAUUGUCUCAAGUGCUGUUUGGAGCUAUUGGCUCGUCGGUGGGGUUCACUUUAAUGGUCGCCAAGCGUGCUCACUGAAGAAUUGUACAGUACGGUCCGCUUUUAAAGGGAACGCUUGCUGUUUGGCUGCUGAUUACAGAUAAAUUAUAUCACGAAGGCAUGCAGACUAUAUUUUAAUGCAUGCAUGUCAGCCUAAUGCAUCUGAUCAGCCACAUUUUUCUAUCAAUUAAGUAAGAGUGUUUGUGUUAUAUUGGCUCUAUUACUAGCUAGAAAUGGACUGUACUGUACAUUGUGGUUUAUGGUGCACACUUUUGACAUUUUGUAGCAAUGGUGUGUUGGCAGGCUUGGCCACUGCUGUAGUCUUCGCCGAGCCUGUUGUAAGCGACUGUCGGUGGCCGUAGCGGGUCAGGAGGAGGCAGUGAGAAUGCAACUUGUCGCUGUCAGUAGAACCUCGGAGAUAGAUAUAUAGUGUCGUUUUGUCAUUGAAUGUGUGGGUUUGAUAAAGGGGGACGCGUUUUUAGCAUUUACACUUGUAAGGCACCAGAUGUCACCUCUUAGACAAAAGAUGAUACGAUGAGUAGGGUUAUUGCGCUGAAAUAUUUGUUUCGGAAGAAGGUGACGUAAUAUACAUGAUUGGGCAGUACUUUUAAAGUAAUGGUGACAUUUAUAUCGAUUUUAACUCUCACGUUUAGACAGUGUCAUGGUCGACCAGUUUUUGUGCAGACCCGCAGAACCGUCGACGGCGACAAGCAGGCACAGUCGGCUUCAAAAGUUCUCGGGACACUGAAUUUAAAGCUGAAUACUCGCAAGACCUCGGCACAUAGCCUCUAAAUCGAAAGUUUCAAUAAGUAGUAGUUUAUGUAACUUACACAGUGACUCAUUCAAUAAGAAGCAUUUUAACAGAGCAGAAAUCUUGCAUUUGUCGUAGAAUCCGUGUCCUGUAAACUUUUGCAGCCAACUGCACAUUGUUGUUGCUGAUUGUGAGCUGCGUGUGCUGCUGUCUGAACUUCUCUGUCCAUGUAAGUGGGCAGUUGUCAUCAACACCUCCUAUUUCUCAUGUAUUAGGAUUUGAUUCAGGGGACGUUUAAAGCAGCAUACAGUCCUUGAAUCUGCUAAUGAGAGCACACGUUUUAUCAACAGUUCUGAGAACCGUAUGUACAAUACAAUUACAAUAAGUUGGAAUACCGUGUCGGGUUUGUAAUGCUCACAAUGCCAUGUAUGUCAGCAGAAAUGCAGCUUCUUUUAAGUUUGUCUUGCACGGUGUUUUCAUACAUGAAGUCACAAACACUGCCUUAAGAGGCCGUAAUACUCCCUGUGCUAUGGUGAAGCCGGAAUUGGUUGUGAGCACUUUGCCGAGACCACGGCUUGAUGCGAAUGCUAGUCCUUUAGAACGAGAUAUAUUUAUACUAAUAUGGAAUUCUCAGAAUGUGCAAAUAAUACAAUUUUUUUUUCUUUUUGGUUGUAAAUGAGAAGGCUACCACUAAUAAUAUAUUCAGCAGAGAGUUUUGGCUCCUCUGUAAACAUAUGUUACUAUUUACGGGAUACCGGACGUGUAGGUGUGAGCGGCAGCACUGGUGAUGCCAUCUGGUGACAUCGAGUUAACCAGAGCGCACAAAACUAUUAUUGCAGUGUCGGGCUGUGUUCCACUCGUGUGCCGGUGUAAAAAUCAUAGGUAACAUCGCAACCAUGAAUGCACAGCUGCUUCUUUAUUUUCCUUGGGCGAGAUUCUUGUUAGUCGAGGUUUCAUGGUGCAGCAGCCUGGUUUGAUUAUAGUGCCCCAAGACGCUGACAAAUUUAAUUGCGCAGAAGUAAACUUAGUAGUGUCUCUUCUGCGCGCAACAUGUUUAUUGCUGAAGACGAUCACGAACUAGCCUGACGCCACCUCAUUUUGAUUACACGCAUUGCAAGUCUUUUAAAGACAUUUAUAAAGCGUUUUGACGAGCACGCAGUUUUCUGUGAAUUAGGUUGAUGAUAUUAACAUAGUAUUUUGCCGACACAGUUGGUGCAUAUUGACUGGCUCGGCCGGUCUAAUGUUACACAUUGUUACACAGUGGCGUUCUUGUUCCCUCUCUUGUCAUCUCUGUGUAGUAUUGUGCCGGCCAAACCAGUUGAUGCAUAGUUUGUUGUGCCACAAGGGCCAGGUGUGGGUUACGAACCCUACGAAUAAUUUAAGAGCUUAUUGUUGUGGUAAAAAAAUCAGUGUAAGAUGAUUAUGUGAGAGAUUUAAGUAAAUGACUGUGUAUGGGCGGUGUAUAAUAAGUUGGUCGCAUUAAAAGUAUGGGAAUGACCAGUGCGUUGAAUUGUAAAAGGAAAUGCUGUCACGAAACCUCAACAGCCGAGUCCUGCUUAUCAGGCUCCUAUAACCACGAAGAUUAUCGUUCUGUACGAACGUUCUGUUUGCAUUUUAUCUAUCGCACGAGUUGCUUUGGCUAGGACGAGAAUAGCACCAACCAAAAAAAACGCAGAAAUGGUUGCGAUGCUUUAUUAUUGAAUGAACUGCCACAAGUUGUCACUACCAGCAGUUCUGCUGCUGCUGUUCAUCCAGUGUUCCUAGUAUUCCGUGAACUAUAAUACGUAUGCAGACAAGCUAGAGCUCUCUAACAACGACAGCCAAAUGAGUCAAGUGACGAUAGAGUUAGGAGAAUGGUGCAUUCUAUCACGUGUGUGUGCGUGUGUAUGUUGAGACGCCUUGUAGCACAGCUUUCUGAGGUCAGGGUACACUUUGCAAGGCCAGCUGCAAAAGGCUGAACGGUUUUUGAUAAUUCAGACAAAAGGUCUGUGGUCCCUAGUGCAGUUUGAACUGUUGUGAGUCAACUGUGUCAUUUAGCUGGCCCCUGUCAAUUCGUUUUGAACUCGAGUCAGCACCGCUGUAUUUAUACAAGAUUGCCAUAAAUCACCAUUUUGGCCACUGUGCCGAGCAAGACUGUCUUGCACUGCAAUACACAGUACUGUAGCGAAACACUUCAUAACAACCAUCUAUGAUGCUUCUAGGUUUCUGAAGUUUACUCUGAGUGAGUUUUCAGCUAGGCUGGGCUCUGCCCAUUCAAUGCCAGAUUAUAAUUGCAGUGAGCAAUCACAGCUGUCUUGGUAUAUUUCAAGCGUGGAUAAGUCAGCUCUCUUGUUUCUGUGGCACCGACUUUGUGUGUACAAGUCCUUUCAGGUCUUCGGAACUCUCUUAACUUCUUGUGUUGUUCUUGUUUAUUGUGAUUUGUGAUCAAUGUGUGUCAUGCCCACAAUUUUCACUUCCUUGAGUUUCAUUGAUAGCUUGGAAGAAGUACAUACAGUCUGUUGCAAAGGCGUAAAGGUCGUCGUUAUCAUUGUUGAAGCACGCUGGGUUUUCUGUGUUUGAGCCAUCAACUUUAUUUGAUUGUGGGAUUUGAGGGACGGGGCAGAAGCAAAUACGUAGCAUAGCUACGUAUUUAUAGAUAGGCUACACUACUGUUAAUACUUCACCAUUUGCCCAGUUGCCGAGAAACAUCCUUCAAGGUGCCCAAAGAAAUGGAGGGAGGUACGUCAUCCAUGUGUUGGCACACUGUGUCAACAAUCUCGGUGGCCGUGUGUUGUCAGGCCCUCUAAACUGUAGUGUUUCCAAGGGUCACACAGAGAGGGCGCCACAUUCCUACCGCUGGCACUGAUGGAGCCACGGUGAAAGCUUGCAUCACUGAAUUCUGCCAUAAAGUCCAACGAAGUGUCGGAACUACAAUAUAUUGUAUUCAAAGGCAGUGCACUGUAUUUCCUGGACUACAGCCCAUUGACUAUACACAUAUAAAUGUUAAACAUUUAUGUGGUGCUGAUUAUGCCAGAUUUCAAUUUCCAAAACGGCUGUUGUACUUACUGAUUUUAUGUCACUGGUAGUUUUUCCCAUUUCCAAGAAUAUUGUGCAAGGAUACACAAGCACAGAGCUUUGCUGGUGAUGUCAGACAGUUAUGCCACUUUAAGUUCUGCAAUCAAGAUUUGUCCCUUGCAGACUAUUCCCCAGGUGCGAACAGUCUGACAAACUUUUCUUUUGUUUAGCUGAGCUUGAACCCUGCAUGCUGGGUGCACACUGUAGCCUUGAAAUUAUGGCAAUUCCUAUAUUUGCCGUAUUUAUAUGUGGACUUGUUUUUGACAAAUCACUGCCAGGAUGAUUUACUUCACCGGCAGCUAAUUCCGUAUCUUUAAAAGUUCUGCCAGCACUCUCUUCUCGCAGUUAUGCCAUUUUGCUCUUUCAUGAGAGUCCUGCUCUCGGCAGUGGUAGCAAAUUUGUUAAAUUUAGCUUCACUUGAUUUCUGUCUUUAGUGUCUUGUUAUCAAGAGUGUAAGUCUCACUGAAGGCAAGUACUGGUUAGCACAAGCAUCAUCGCUCAGGAGCAGACAAUGCUUUGAUAACGAGUGGCGACCUUGAAACUUUGUCACAGACUGUCGCGAGAUUACAGCACACCCAUCGUCUUGUACUGCGUCAACCCUUGAAGGAGGAGUUGAUGCUGUCAUGAGAAAUCAACUGCACAAGCCAAAUAAAGAAUCUUGAAAACUGCAGAA